AUGGAUAUCCAUUAUGGCUCGUGGAAUCAACCGAAAGGUAAAGAUGCACAAAUGGAAUCCAACUACGAAGAGUCGAAGUUCCAAGAUUGUGUCAAUGCACCGUGGAUUUUGGCGUUGAACCUGUGCGCCACUGGAAGAAACCUUCAGGAAUAUGCCCUUAAACAGUUCUCUGGAUAUGCGCAAAUACUUGUUGGUGAAUCCAAUCACUUUGGCUCAAGCCACAAGUGGAGGGAAGCUUUGAAAAUCAAUCGGUCAGCAAUGAGGGUUAUCGAGAAGACAUGGGAGCACAACUACCGGCAUUUCCUAUCCCAUGAUGACACGCUUGACUCUUGGAAGGCUUGA